UGUUUUAUGGGGUUGCAGACGAUUCGUCCAUUGAAGAACUCGAGACAAUUCGUCUAGUAUAAAAACUAAUUAUGCAUUUUUAAAAUAUUGAAAUACAAUUCUGUUUCAUUCUUUAUUUAAAUUUAUAUGAUAAAAACGAUGAUUAAUAUUGAAACUGAAAUUAUUAUUAAUUUUAUGCGGUAUUAACAAAAUGUCUGCCUCCAUGAAAAGACGUCAGCAUUCAAAAUCCAAGAAAGAUGAAGAAAAUAAGAUUGAAAGCCCUGGUGUGCAGGAGUUCAGUGAGCCAUACACCAUUCCCAACUACACAGCGUUCAAGAUUCUCAUGUCGGCCAGGUUGUGUGCGGCGUGGUGGAACAUCAUAACAGACUGCGAUGAAGUCUACAACUACUGGGAACCCAUGCAUUUCAUGCUGUUUGGAAAUGGUUUUCAAACAUGGGAAUACUCUCCCAUGUACGCGAUCCGGUCGUACUUCUAUCUGUGGAUCCAUUCCUUGCCAAUUAACUUGUAUAAAACUCUUCUUAACGACAACCAGAUUAUUUUAUUCUACUUAAUGCGAUGCAUCCUGGGAUUUGCGUCAGCCGUAUGUGAAGCAUAUUUCUACAAAGGAAUCUGCCGACAGUUUGGAAACAAUGUUGGACGUCUAACCAUCUGCUUCCUGCUGUUCAGCACGGGAAUGUUCAUCUCCUGUACCGCCUUCCUGCCCAGCAGUUUCUCCAUGUACAUGACCAUGCUGGCAAUGGGAGCCUGGUAUCUUGGUCAAAACCAUUAUGCUAUUGUUGCGAUUGCCGCAAGUACGAUUAUUGGUUGGCCCUUUGCAGCAGCUCUAGGAAUUCCUAUCGCCUUUGACAUUGUUGUAAGACAGCGACAGUUCAAGUUUUUCCUCAUGUGGUGUGCAAUUGGAUUGGCAGCAUUUCUGAUUCCAUCAGUGAAGAAAGAUUCUGAUCUGUAUGGUGGCCUGGUAAUAGCACCCCUCAAUAUCAUUUUAUAUAAUGUAUUCAGUGAACACGGCCCAGAUCUGUAUGGAACUGAGCCGGUAUCAUUCUACCUGGUGAAUGGUUUUGUUUGUUUUACAGGAACUGAGCCGGUAUCAUUCUACCUGGUGAAUGGUUUUAUUUGUUUUACAGGAACUGAGCCGGUAUCAUUCUACCUGGUGAAUGGUUUUGUUUGUUUUACAGGAACUGAGCCGGUAUCAUUCUACCUGGUGAAUGGUUUUGUUUGUUUUACAGGAACUGAGCCAGUAUCAUUCUACCUGGUGAAUGGUUUUGUUUGUUUUACAGGAACUGAGCCGGUAUCAUUCUACCUGGUGAAUGGUUUUGUUUGUUUUACAGGAACUGAGCCAGUAUCAUUCUACCUGGUGAAUGGUUUUGUUUGUUUUACAGGAACUGAGCCGGUAUCAUUCUACCUGGUGAAUGGUUUUCUCAACUUCAACUUCAUUUUUGUGGCAGCUUUGGUGUCACUGCCAUUCGCGCUCUUUGUGGCAUGGUAUCUUGGUUUGUCCCAGUUAAACAUCCCACUGUGGCUGGCCGUGUCUCCAAUGUACAUCUGGAUUCUCAUUUUCUUCUCCAGACCUCACAAGGAAGAAAGAUUUCUGUUUCCGAUCUAUCCUUGUUUCGCAAUGUGCGGGGCUGUUUGUUUCGACUAUUUUCAGAAACUAAUUGGUUCGUUAAUGCCGAAGAAACCACGGUUACAUUACACCGUGCAUACAAACUGGAUGGCUGUUCUGUCGUCCAUAGUAUUCGCUCUUCUCUCUCUCUCCAGAAUCGUUGCCAUCUAUCAAGGAUAUCAUGCUUCAAUGGAUAUAUAUGUGGAGAUGAACAAGAUAUCGAGUGAUUCAAAGAUUCACACUCUCUCGCCCGACAAGCAAGUGAACGUGUGUGUUGGCAAGGAGUGGUAUAGAUAUCCAAGCAGUUUCUUCAUGCCAUCGGAGAACUGGCAUCUGCAGUUUGUCCAGUCAGAGUUCAAAGGUUUGCUUCCUAAGCCAUAUGAGAUGGGUCCCCGCGCCACUCAGAUAUUCCCCUCACACAUGAACGAUAUGAAUCGGGAGGAACCAUCUCGAUAUAUAAACAUCACCAAGUGUCACUAUUUGAUAGACUUGGAUCUGGAGACCGAGACGAAACUUGAACCGCGAUACUCUCACUCGGAAAGCUGGAAAGUGUUGGCCUCCGUCAAAUUUCUAGAUGCACGCAGAUCUCAUCGUUUUUUUCGGGCGUUCUACGUCCCGUUUCUGUCAUCUAAAUACUGCACGUACGUCGACUAUAACCUCCUGAAGACGACACGAACAAGGAAAUACAAGACAAGAUCAAGAUGAUGCAGUUUUCAUUCCUAGUUUUAUUUAUUGUUUUACAUCAUGCAAUUCCACAUAACCAUGACAGGGCUCGUGGACAAUCAAUCUCACGACAGUGGUUCAAACCCCAUCAAAGCUGGUUCAUACUUUCAUUCAUCUUUCUUAUCUAUCACCCUCUACCUACCAUUCUCAUUAUUUUAAUAUAAAAAACUUUCCAAGUUCUCCCACAAUUUCAAUCUGUUUCGACCCUUUCUGUCAGUUUCCUCCAACUCUGUCUUCUGAGCUGUCCACACCAUCGCCCACCUGUCUCAACUUCCUCCACGGGUGCAGUCUCUGUGUGUACUUCCCUGCACCCACCUGGCAUCCUCGUCCUCUGCCACUAAUAAAGCUGGUCUGACAUACAGCGCUAACUAACAACUACGGGUAGAUGUGGAGCAUAGUAGGUAGUUUACAGGUGCCUCUUAACAAUGCCAGAAGUAACUACUGAACACUCCCCAAGUGGUCAGACUAAGCCCACAGCUAAAAGCUGAUGGGGAAUGACAGGUGUGUGCCAUGGAUAGCCACAAGAGACAAACAC